AUGAUUCGUCCGAGCCAUCCAUCUGCGGCCUCCAUAGUUUCCGGUCUUCUUGACACUGUCUUGACACCGGGCUCAGGCGGGGAGGAGGAGAGGGUGUAGGUAGAUGCAGCGAAAGUCUACUGGCAUUAUAAACGCCUGAGCAAGUCACCGCCCUGCUCCCACAGCUGCUGCUGUUGUGGAGCCCACGGUGAACAUCGCCGAAAUCGAUGGUCAAAAUACUGUGUGUGUGUGUGUGUGUGUGUGAGUGUGAGUGUGUGUAGGCGGACGGGUGGACGGGUGGACGGACCAUCGCCUCGUCAUCUCGAAGAUGCGUAUUCGCCUACAGCCUCGCAGGAGACCACAAGGUAAGCGACCCCCAGGUAAGCUGAAUGUUGCUUUGUUGUCUUUGCCUGCUCACCAUCUCCAUUUCAGCAAUGAGCUAGCUCAACGGCUAGACAACCUUCCAACCGCCGCCGCCGACGACGACGCCGCUGCCGAGAACGCCUCCGUGGAGAACCGCUGGUGUCAACUGCGAGACACGGUCCAGUCGACGGCACUCGCCGUCCUCGGUCGCGCUCCCCGCCAACACCAGGACUGGUUCGACGACAACGACGCCGCCAUCAGAAAUCUGCUUGCUGAGAAGCACCGCCUACACAAAGCCUACGCAGAUCACCCCAAUGAGGACAACAAAGCUGCUUUCUACCGCAGUCGCCGCCAACUUCAGCAACGACUGCGUGAGAUGCAGGACGCCUGGACUGCUCGCAAAGCUGAGGAGAUCCAAGGCUACGCGGACCGCAACGAAUGGAAGAACUUCUCCUCUGCGAUCAAAGCUGUCUACGGUCCGGCGACGAAGGGCACUGCUCCUCUCCUCAGCGCCGACGGUAGCACUCUUCUGACUGAGAAGACGCAAAUCCUGCAGUGA